CGGCUAGAUUGUUCAGCUGGAUGAAGUUGCAACAUGCGUACCAUCACUUAUCACUAUGAUGAAAACAGAGUACAUCACCGCCCCAGUAACUGCAUUAGCUUUUGCUGGGAAUCUACUUCUCGCAGGUGAGGGUCCAUGUCUCCAUCUAUAUGAUGUCACAUCUACAAAACACCUGCUGGAACAACAUGUGCUGAAACAUGCCAACAUACAUGGCAUUAGAACAGCAGUAGGUCGGCUUGGAGCGGACUGUUGGGACGUUGCAUUAUUUGGACAGAAAAGCCUGCAACUUGUCCAAAUAAGAUGCACUGAAAGUGCAAUAAAGAGAGAAGAUGUCCUUGUGACACCAGUCAAUCAGCUUGGAGACUGUGAAGUUCAUGACUGGAUUUGGGAUGUCUGUUGGCUGCUUCCUCGCCAAACUAAGGGACAGGACAUGAGACAGUUAGCCCUAGCCCUUGGUCACAACACUGUGGUCCUGUGGGAUGCCGAGGCCCAGAGGAGCAUCAGAGAGGUGCACUGUCAGGAGAAGUGUAUUCUCUACUGUGCCCACUUUAUUGGUACCUCCUGGUCUGACCUGGUGCUUGCUGCUGGUACUGUGUUCAGGGAGGUGGUAUUGUGGAAGCCAUGUGACCAGAAGGAGCACCAAGACUGUGUGUCCGUUUUACAGAGGAUAUCUGGACAUCAGGGUGUCAUAUUUUCUGUGUGCUACCAUCCCCCUACUGGGAGGCUGUGCACAGCAUCUGAUGACAGGAGUGUGCGGCUGUGGCAGGUGGCAGGGCUACAACAGGGGCUAGACACUGGAACAGCUGUUGGACUCCCUACUGCUUGGCAGUUUGAGCUGGUGUUUGAAGUCUACGGCCACGGCUCCAGGGUGUGGGAUGUGCAGUUAACACAGGAUUAUGUCAUCAGUGUAGGAGAGGAUGCACAGUGCAUUGUGUGGAACAUGCGAGGUGAAAUAAUCAAGACAUUCAGAGGACAUAAGGGAAAUAGCAUCUGGAGCUUGGCUGUCUCUGAGCAACAAGGGCUAGUGGCCACAGGAGGAGGGGACACCAGCACACGGCUGUGGGAACUUCCUGGCUCGGGCUUAUGUCAAACAGAAGUAGUAGGGACAUCUUCUACCCUGGACCUGCCGCUGUCUUUGGGAGACUUCCCAAGAUCCCUGGUAUCUUGUCUGGACCAUUUAUUCCUUGUAGUAACAGACCAAGGAUCACUGUUUAGCUACAAUACUACCACAUGUCAAUGGAGGUUGGUGCUGCAAGAUCCCACCUACAGCUCCUACAGCCUACUGGAGGUGUCUGCUCAGGGAAUGGUGGCAAUGGGCAGUCUAGCAGGGACAAUCAAAGUCUUCUUCAUAAGUGCACCUAAUGCAUGCUGGGAAACUGAAGUGUAUGAUGGGAAGGUACUGAGCUUAACAUGGAUGGAGACACUGAAAGCAGAGACUGUCUCCUCACUUGGUCAUCUCUUAUCCUGUGGACCAAAGGGGGAGGUCAUCUGGUGGACCACUCAGACUGGAGAAGAGGCAGGUAUUGCUGUCCAGAAGACGGCCACUUUUGAGCUGCCCUACAGCAGACAGCGCUGGCUAACCUGUGCACUGCUGUCACAGAAGGACAGCACGCUUGUGUGUGGGGACAGGAGAGGGUCCCUGCAUUGCUAUAGGAAACAGGAAGGGGAUGAGCCUACUCAGCCAUUUCAAACAUUGAUUGGUAUCCAUGGGAAGACAGGAGUGACCUCCCUGCAGAUGUACAGGAGCCAUGUGUACAGUACAGGCCGAGAUGGGCACUACAGACAGUUUCAGCUGGGAGCAACAGGACUGCAACUUCUCAAGAACAACAGAGUAUACAAGGGCUUUGAUUGGUUAGAGAAACUGACCUUUACUAAAGAUGGAGAGGUGCUUGCCCUGGGAUUCCACACUUCCAAUUUUGUGGUGUGGAGUCUGUCAGCCAACGAGCCCCUGCUGCAGGUACAGUGUGGGGGAGGGCACAGAGCAUGGGGUAUUCUCCCCAGCACCAGACAGGGGGCGCUCUUUGCCUACAUUAAAGCUCGAGCCAUUCAACUCAUGAAGAGGCCCUCCAUCUCAAGUAACAAAAGACUCAUUCUGAAGGACAGUUUGCAUGGUAGAGAAAUAACCUGCUUGAAGUUCCUUGGCUGGGCAUCAAACAAUGAAGGUGCUCAACAUGCCAUUUGUGCAACAUCAAGUGAAGAUACAACCAUCAACAUUGUUGCCCUAAAGCAUAAACCUGUAUCUGAUCUGGUAGUAUUGGACACCAUUCAGGACCACAUUUCAAGUGUUCGAUGUCUUGCAGUUUGUUCACAACACGCCACCUCAGGAGCCAGCCAGCAUGCCAGCUCACCCAAACUCCUGUUCAGUGGUGGGGGCAGGGCACAGCUCAAGUGUUACAGGGUGUCUGUGUCUAGUCAUGGUGACUCAUCAGGUGGGGUAGACAAGGUAAAGCCAUGCUAUGAGGAAGAUGGAUCAAAACAUCAAAACAGCAAGACCAACACACAGCAAGAUGGACACCCUCCCAAAGUGUCCGUUAAAGAGACGUGUGAGCCACAAGGGUAUGAAAGUGUGAACAGUCUGCUAGACACAUCAGCAGGUGAAUCUGGUCCAGGAAACAACAGGACGUUACAGCAGGAAAGCACUGAUCACUCUUGUGAUGUUCCUGAUACUGAACUCACUACCUUUGAUGGGCAUCCUGCUGUAGAGUGCCACAUUGAAUAUCUUGCAUGCCACAAUCUUGUAGAGAGGAGGAGGAGGAAGAAGAAAUCUGGUGCAGCUCAGAUUGAGGAAGAAGAAGAAGUAGAGAUAAGGUACAUGGCACUGACGGCAUGGCAGGGCGGACAGGUAGAUCCACAUGCUGCACACCUGUUUUUUUUGGCAGCUGCUUGUUCAGAUGGCUUCCUUAGAUUAUUUGUGUAUGAUGAUAGACAAAGAAAGAUUGAGCUGUUCUGUGUCAGUGACUUCCACCACCAUUGUGUCCUCUCUGUGGACCACUUCUUCACAACAACAGCUGAUGGAAGCACUCACACAUAUGUCAUAUCAGGGGCCACAGAUGGACAGAUUGCAGUGUGGAAUGUGACACCUGUUUUGUUAGCUUCUCUCUCUUCUGAUGACAUCACAGCCCAAGAGACAAGAAAUGUAUCCCUGGGAGCAAGUGCUGAAGUAGCACAGCCAUUGACAACAGAAGCAACAAAACACCAAGGUGGCAUGGAUCCCUCAACAAAAGACAUGCAGGCUGCAGCCGCACCUGUUCUUAAGAUGCAGGUAGAUUCAGGUUGCCUCAGAAAGACUGGAGCGUCCAAAGUGAAGAUGAAUUCUCCUGAUGUGUUACUGGAGAGCCAUCAGUCAGGAGUGAAUGCCAUCAGCAUAUGGAGGGUAGAUAGUCACCAUUAUCUGGUUGCCAGUGGAGGGGAUGACAACAGUCUUCAGAUUACCCUCCUGUCUCUCCAAAAAGACACCCCAAACAAGCCUGUCAUUGUUGCUACGGCAACCAGCUCUGCCCAUGCUGCCCAUGCAGCCACCAUAACAGAUGUGCAUAUCGUAGAUAGUUGUACCAUUUUAACAGCUUCAGUGGACCAAAGGGUGAAUAUGUGGAUGUACCAACUGAUUUUAAAGCCAACAGCACAGUGUCAUCUGUCUUUCCUGCAUGGGGAGUUCUGUCACAUAGCUGACAUUGCUGGGCUGGAGUGUUGGAAUGAUGGAUGUGGAGAACAGUACAUGGCUGUGUGUGGGCAUGGCAUCCAGCUGCUCAGCUCUGCUCCUCUGUCAUCUUAACAUUUUACAAUCAGUGGACUUUUAAGAAAACGUCUCAAGCUUAAGCAUCUGUGAUUGUUUUAAAUGUACAUGUAGAUACGCUUCAAACUUUGCUAUGAAUAAAAUCUAACCUGCUUACAAAAUAUCCUGAUGGGAAGACAUUUCUAUUUUAUAAUAUUAAAAAUGUACAUGGAA